AUGCUGCUGUAGUCGUCUUCCUCCACAACACACUGGGUCUACACUCAGCACACACACACACACCAACAGAGACGCACACACACACACCAACAGAGACACACACACACACAACAGAGAGAGAGAGACGCACACACACACACCAACAGAGAAACACACUCACACCAACAGAGACACACACCCACACACAGAGACAGACAGGCUUGGACUGCCCGUUGCCAUGGGAACCGUCCUCUGCAUCCUCCUGCUGCUGUGUGGACUUCUGCUGGUCGACAGCAUCCCCGGAGAGCAAGUGCGGGUGCGUAUCAGUGUGAGUGGGGACACGGUGGUGCUGCAGUUCCUGCUCCCCGACCCGGCGGCGGUGCUGGAGGGCUUCCUGCUGGGCUACGGCCGCCAGCCCGGCGCCACCACCCUCGUCACGCUGCCCGCCCACGGCGCCCCCUACCAGCUGGAGACGGAGGCGGAGCCAAAGUACCUGCUGGCCGUCAGACCUGUCCCUCGCAAGCCUGUGGAGAAACACUGCACAGGCGUGGCGGCCCUGGACCCCCCCCUGGUGGCCGGCUCUCUGAGCCCCACGGCGGUGUUCCUCUCCUGGGGGCUGGAGCCCCAAAGGGAGGGGGAAGUCAUGGAGGAGUGUCUGGAGGAGGGGUUCUACACGGUGCGGUACCGCCUGCGGGGGGGGCCCUGGGCCCACCAGAGCAGCCCCACGGCGGCCGCGGUGCUGGCCGGGCUGCGGCCCGCCUCCCGCUACGAGUUCAGGGUCCGCGCCAGCAGGGGGCAGCGCCACGGGCCCUGGAGCGCCCCGUUGCUCCACAGCACCGGGCCGGGAGAUCAGAGCCAGAGGAAGGCCGUCCAGAUGGGGAGCCCUCCGGCCAGCCCCCUGAAACCUUUGGGACCCCGGGCCAUGUUCCCUCCAAGACCAGCUCUUUAUAACCGGACCCGCCCUCCCCUCUCCUCUCUGAUCAAACAUCAGACCUUCCCUGGUUCCCCGCGGACCUCCUUCGCCAAUCGAGACCCGCUCAGACCGCUGGUCCUCCCUCGCCCCGUCGUCUGGUCCCGGCCUCGCCAGGGUAAAAAGCAUCCUCCAUCCCUCCAGGGAAAACACCACCCUCCACCCCUUCACGGAUAUCCUGUCCGUCCUGCGAUCCCAGUCGACCAGAUCCCUAACCUGGUGGGCGAACUUGGAGACAAAGACCAGCUCAGCCACUGGAAGCAGACGGAGAGGUUGUCGGGGGUGAAGCCCAACCUUCCCGCUGUGACGCCAAGGCCAAAGGCGCAGGAGGAGAGACAGAUCACCAGGACCAUCCCCACCACCAACGCCAGUAGAUUGGAUCUCUGGGAGGAGUCAGAGAUGUUCAGCUCUCAGCCCAACUCAGACCUGGAUGCCCUGGGGAAGAAACGCUUCGUUGCCCCUCACGUGGUGUACAAGACGGACAAGAGGCCUGAGGAGCCCUGCUCCGUCACCUCCUCCCUCCUCUUCUUCCCCGGAGAGAAGCCCGGCGAAUCAGACGCCAGCACGCCACCCCAGGCCCCGCCCUCUAACCUCACCGUGGUAACGGUGGAGGGAUGCCCCUCCUUCAUCAUCCUGGACUGGAAGAACACGGACAACCACACCCAAGAGUACGAGGUCAUCUCCACCGCAACGGGACCGGACGGAGAGGAGGUGUCCGUCCUGACGACCGACCAGACGCACACGGUGGUGGAGAACCUCCGGCCUGAGAGCAGUUAUGCAUUCAAGGUGAAACCUAAGAAUGACCUUGGAGCCGGACCCCCAAGUGAGCCGGUGACCUUCAGCACAGAGUCAGCUGACCCACGCGUGAGUGAGAAUGCCUCUGGUAAAGACGCCAUCUGGACGCGGUUCCCGUUCCGGACGGAGCCGCCCUCUGACUGUACCGGCCAGCAGUACGUCAAGCGCACCUGGUACCGCAAGUUUGUGGGCGUGCAGCUCUGCAACUCGCUGCGCUACAAGAUCUACCUGAGUGACUCGCUCACAGGUCAGUUCUACGACAUCGGGGACGAGGCGGGCUUCGGAGAGGACCACUGUCAGUUCGUGGACUCCUUCCUGGACGGGAGGACCGGCCCACAGCUCCGCCCCCAACAGCUGCCUCAGCGCACAGGGUUCUACCGGGCCGCGCGGCAGGAGCCCGUCCGCCUGGGGCCGCUGGGCGCCGGCGCCCCCGCCGGCUACGUGUCCUGGUACGAGUGCGGGACGCCCAUCCCGGGCCGCUGGUAGACCCGCCCCCGAGACAGGAAGUGGAGGAUUUUGUCACUUCCUGAGUCCCUCCCGAGACCUGGUGUUGUAAAUACAGACAGAACUAUCAGGAGACUAGUAUGGAUCUAUAGCGUGUACUUGUACACGGAGGAAUAUGUAGUACCUUGUACUACCGCCAAGUGGGUUAAUAUCAGGAUGGUUCUAGACCAGCCGGUUCUACGGGUGGACCUGGUCCUCGAGACCAGAAGGUUCCGGUUGAGAGGGUUCUGGUGGUUGUACAGGAAGCUUCCCAGUACAACCAGAGUCUGCUCCUGGUUUUACAGGGAGCGUCCCAGUGUACCCAGUACUUUGAGCUGACAGGGGGGCCAGUCAGUGUCCCCCUUCCACGCUUUGCACAACAGAAAUGUAUUCUCUGUAAAUGGAGAGGAUGUCUAUUUUUUCACAACAUUUUUGUAAAUCACAUUAUUCCCACCUCCUCUGCAAACAACAUGCACGUUUUAUUCCCUUGGAUGUUGGAGGAUGUGUCUUCCAAUGCACUCAAACUCUUAAGUGGAUUU